AUGGGGCAACAAUUCAACAUCAAGAAGCUCUUGGGGCUCUUACUCACAGCCUCCCUUUUAACUUGCUGGCACAUUUCUACCUCUACCAAUAUCACCAUUGAAUCUGUCCCUCCCCAAGUGGCCAAAGGAGAAAAUGUCUUUUUUCUUGUUCACAAUCUGCCAGAGAAUCUUACGGCCUUUGCCUGGUUCAAGGGGGUGAUAAUUAGGAACAACAGAAUUGCAAUGUACAUGAUGAACAGAAAUUUAAGUGUGCCAGGGCCUGUACAAAGUGGUAGAGAGACUGUGUACUGUGAUGGAUCCCUGUUGCUCCCAAAUUUCACUGAGAAGAACACAGGAUUCUAUACUCUUCGAACCUUUAAUAGACAUGGAGAUAUUAUGCAAAGAGCCAUCAUGUACUUUCAUGUGUCUACCUUCCUUUUAACCUGCUGGGACCUGACCACCACUGCCCAAGUCACCAUUGAAUUAGUGCCUCCCCAAGUGGUUGAAGGAGAAAAUGUCCUUCUACGCAUUCAUAAUCUACCAGAGAAUCUUCAAGCCUUUGUCUGGCACAAAGGGGUGAGGAAUAUGAACCUUAAAAUUGCACUAUAUUCACUGGCCAAGGAUAGAACUGUGAUGGGACCGUUACACAGUGGUCGAGAGAGAUUGUACAGCAAUGGAUCUCUGCAGAUCCACAAUGUCACCCAGAAGGACACAGGAUUCUACACUUUCCGAACCAUAAAUGGACAUGUCGGAGUUGUAUCAAUAACAACCAUAUAUCUUCAUGUUUACACCUCCCUUCUGAACUGUGGGAACUCUCCCACCUCUGCCAAGCCCGUGAUUGAACCAGUACCACACAGAAUUACAGAAGGCUCAAGUGUUCUUCUACUCGUCCACAACCUCCCACAGAAUCUUCUAGCCUUCUUCUGGUACAGAGGUAUGACUGUGUCCAAGAAACUUGAGAUUGCCCAACACAUCAUAGCCACAAAUUCUACUGUGCUGGGCCCUUCACACAGUGGUAGAGAGAUGGUGUACAACAAUGGAUCCCUGCUACUACAGAAUGCCACCUGGAAAGACACUGGACUGUACACUCUACGGACUAUCAGUGCAGAGCUGAAAGCUGAAACAUUGCAUGUGCAAGUCGAGGUGGAUGCCUCCCCUUUGACCUAUGGGUGUCCUUCCACCUCUUCCAAGCCCAGAAUUGAAUCAGUGCCUCCCAGCAUAACAGAAGGGGCAAGUGUCCUUCUAGUGGCUCAUAAUCUCCCAGAGGAUCUUCGAGUCCUUUUCUGGUACAAAGGGGUGAUUGUGUCUAACAAAUUUGAGAUUGCCCGACACAUAAUACCCAGGAAUUUAAGUCUACCAGGUCCUGCACACAGUGGUAGAGAGAUGUUCUACAGCAAUGGAUCCCUGCUGCUCCAGAAUGUCACCUGGAAAGAUGCUGGAUUCUACACUCUACGGACUCUGAAUGUAGAUCUGAAAAUAGGAUUAAUGUAUGUGCAACUCCUGGUGGACACCUCCCUUUCUACAUCCCGUAACACUCUCAUGAUUGAACCAGUGCCACGGAAUGCUGCCGAAGGGGAAAGUGUUCUGUUCCUUGUUCACAAUCUGGCAGAAGAUGUGAGAACCUUUUCCUGGUACAAAGGAGCAUAUGCCGUUCGGUUCUUUAAAAUGGUAGAAUACAGCGGAGCCACGGAUUCUGUCAUCCAGGGGCCUGCCCACAACAAGAGAGCAAUGGUGUACACCAAUGGAUCCCUGCUGAUUAAGGAUGUCACUGAGGAUGAUGCAGGACUGUACACAUUAGAAACUUUAACCAGAGGUCUGAAAGUUGAAGCAACACAGGUGCAACUCCAAGUGAACACCUGCAGGCUUCCUCCUACCAUCGCCAAGCUCACCAUUGAAUCUGUCCCAGCUAAUAUUGUUGAAGGAGAAAAUGUUCUCCUUCUUGUUCACAAUAUCCCAGAGAACGUUCGAGCCUUUUCCUGGUACAAAGGGGUAUCCAUCAUCGACAGGCACGAGAUUGUAUGGUACCUAGUAGCCACUAGUAGAAGUUUGCUGGGGCCUGCAUACAGUGGUAGAGAGACUGUGUACCCCAAUGGAUCCCUGCUGCUCCAGAAUGUCACCCAGAAGGACGCUGGAUUCUACACCUUACGAACCUCAAACAUACACCUUAAAACUCAAGAAAGUCGCAGGCUUAUCCACAUAUACAAGCCUGUGACAGAGCCCUCCACGAAAGUCACCGACACCACAGUCACAGUACAGAGCGCUGUGGUCUUCACUUGCCUUUCAGCUGACAAUGGAAACUCCAUCCGUUGGAUCUUCAAUAACCAGAGUCUGCAGCUCACAGAGAGGAUGAAGCUGUCCCCAACAAAGUGCCGACUCAGAAUAGAUCCUGUCAGGAGGGAGGAUGCUGGAGAGUAUCAGUGUGAGGUCUCCAACCCCAUCAGUUCAAAGACCAGUCUCCCAGUCAACCUGACUGUGUUGAAUGAGUGACCUCUCUCCUCUCGUCCUACAGCAGAGUGAGGGCAUUUCUUUACUGAUGGUAUAUAAAAUCGAGAAA